AUGCCACCAUCAGUCCAGAAGUUUCUAGACGAUCUAAACCAACAUCCCGUGACCGUGCCCUUCGUCGACGUUCCGAAUGACAUGCCUUAUUGGGGCUUCACUAUCUACCGGACAUACUACGGCCCUGGAUCGGAUCAGCGGUGGAGCGAAUUGCUCCAGCGAAUGACUACUGAAACUAAGCUCGACCUCGAGAGCCAAGACGGGGCUGAAGACGACACGACUAGCACUGCAAAGGCUUGGUCUCUAUUCAAACUCGACGCUCGAUCAGACUCUACAGUGUUAGAUGGCUUGACGCUGGAGCAGGUUCGACAGCUGUACGUGGAGGGAGUUGGAGGCCGGCCGAUGAACGCAGCCGACAACCCGUUUCGAGUCUUCUUCUUGGCUGACGCUGAGGCGCUAGUGGGCUCCGAUUUUGAUAGUGCUCUGAUCAAGGUCGUGGCAGCAGAGUACGAUGCCGCUGCUUGUGUACCUGUGAACUGGAAAUUUGGUCCGCAGCGUUAUUUUGGAUGGAUGAGGAUGCCAGUGCGGUGUGUACUGGCUCUAUGGUUCACGCUAGAGCACAAAUUUCUUCAAGAAAUUGUCGAUUCCACUGCCGGUGGCCCGGGCGCAUUAUGGGACCGCCCGCUGUGA